AUGAUUGGAAAGUUGAUAUUCAUCGCCCUCCUGGCUCUAGCCCAGGGUAUGCCAUGGGAUGAUGUUAUGCCAGAUAACGACGUACAAGCAAUGAGUGAAGAAGAGACACUACUCACAGACAGACGUGUUCCUGACGAGAGAUGUCCUGAAGAUCAAACUCAUUUCCUUAUCCCUCAUGACUACGAUUGUACUAAAUUUUACUAUUGUGAAUACGGUCUGAGGUGGAUAAAUCCAAGAGACUGUGCUUUGGGUACCGAAUUCUCGGCAGAGAUACAAGUGUGCAUCCAUCCUGUACUGGCGAAUUCACCAACAACAACAACUCAAGCACCUACAACAACAACAUUAGCACCAACAACUCCACCAUCAUGUGGUAGUAAUGAAACACUACCUAAUGGUUGUCCUGCCGACUUCAGCAUUCACAAGUUAUUGCCACAUGAGUCGAACUGCUCACAGUUCUACUACUGUGUUCGAGGUGAAUUGGAAUUGAGGGAGUGCUCCGCUGGACUACACUUCAAUCCAGUAUUGGAGGUUUGUGAUUAUCCGGAAAAUGCUGGCUGUGAAAGUGAAAGCGGAGGAGGAGGUGAUAGUAACAAUGAGAAAUGCAAAGACGGCUGCAAUGUGUUACCUUGGCCGCAUGAAACCGAUUGCGAUAAAUUCUGGAGAUGUGACGGCGAAAAAGCGGUCUUAGGAGGAAUAUUUCUAUUGGCUCUCUUGGCAUUAAGCCAUGGGAUGCCACGAGAUGCUCCAGAGAACCAAAUAGAUCAAGAGAUGUUCCAAGAAGACAGGAGAGUUAUUCCCGACGAACGGUGCCCAGUCAACGAGACACAUUACCUUCUGCCACAUGAUUACGAUUGUACCAAGUUUUACUACUGUGAAUACGGUCUAAGAUGGAUUGAGCCAAGAAACUGCGCUUUAGGGACUGAGUUUUCUGCCGAAUUACAUGUUUGCAUUCAUCCGACAUUGGCGAAUUGUACUCUACCCGGUUCUCCUCCAGAUGAUUCAACGACUACGCCAAUAUGUCCACCUGCAAGCACAACAACUCCUUCAACUAUUUGUCCACCAGCUACAACUACUCCGUCAACAACCACAACUACAACAACAACUCCAACAACAACUAUAUCGACAACCACUACAUCAACAACAUCAGCUCCUAACACCAUAUGCCCUCCAGCCACAACAACAACUUCACCCACAACAACAACCACCGCACGACCACCUUGUAUUGAUCAAGGUACACUACCAAACGGUUGUCCCGCGGACUUCACCAUACACCAAUUGUUGCCGCACGAAUCAAACUGUUCCAAGUUCUACUAUUGCUUGAGAGGAGAACUUUUAGAGCGGGAAUGUACAGCAGGAACACAUUUCAACGCGCAGUUACAGGUUUGCGAUUUGCCGAGGAACGCUGGUUGUGACCCUAACGCUGGAGGAUGCGAUUGCGGUGAUGGAGGUGGAGGCGGAGGCGGUGGUGGAGGUGGCGGCGAUGGAGGAGAUGGUGGCGGCGGAGGUGGAGAUGGUGGCGAUGGUGGAGGCGGAGGUGGAGGUGGAGGUGGAGGUGAUGGAGGAGAUGGUGGAGAUGGCGAAGGUGAUGGUGAAGUAGACGAGAUAGAACUCCUGCCAAAUGGUUGCCCCGCUGACUUUUCUAUCCACAAACUGUUGCCGCAUGAAUGCGAUUGCACUAAAUUCUUCUACUGUGUUCGUGGUGAAAAGGUUGAACACUCCUGUCCGUCUGGAUUACAUUUCAGUCCUACGCUACAGGUUUGCACUUUCCCUGCGGACGCGGGCUGUGAAAUUGAUGGUGGAGGUGGUGGCGGUGGUGGUGGAGACGGAGAUGGUGGCAAUGGUGACAACAAGUGUGAGACUGACUGCAACGUAGCACCCUGGCCACACAUGGAUUGCGACAAAUUCUGGAGAUGCGACGGCAGAAAAGCGACCUUAGUUACUUGUUCCGAAGGUUUACAUUUCAAUGCAAAGAAACAAAGCUGUGACUUCAUUUGCUACGCUAAUUGUGAAAGGAAAAGCAUUCAAACUACCAAUCAUGAUUCUGGAAUGAUGCUGUUUAUACCAUGGGAUAGAGUCGACCAUAAUUGGGUCGGACAAUAUAUUGGCCAUUUAUAA